ACACAAAGGGUGGCUUUCACCGUCUAAUUGUUGUGGUAACGCAGAGCGGCCCGACGCCCACUCCUGCACACACUACUAUUAUACCAGGGUGAAUGUUAAUUAAGUCACAAUGGCAGAGGGGCUGCUAUCCUUGUCAUGGAACAACCACAGCUCUACGUUCUGCCACAUGCUUUCCUCAUUACGUGAUAUGGAGAGAUACACAGACGUAACAAUUGCUUGUGAAGGAAAGUUCUAUUCGGCACACAAAUUAGUUCUUUCAACAUGUAGUGAUUACUUCCUUAAAAUGUUUGAGAGAACUCCCUGUAAGCACCCAAUCAUUGUGGUCAAAGAUGUGGAGUGUAAAGACAUUGAAGCCCUUCUUAGUUAUAUGUAUGCUGGCGUUGUUAGUGUGGCUCAGAAUGACUUAACCCAAUUGAUCAAGGCUGCAGAGUUAUUACAAAUUAAAGGACUGGCUGUUCCUGAUGAGCCUCCCAUCACCAGCAAAAAAGCAGCCCAUGUGCGAAGUUCGACUGAUGAUAGAAGCAGUCCUCAUCCAAAGAGACAAAGACGAGAAGAGAAUAGGAGUCCGUCCCGGAGUGAGGGGCAAAGUUUACGUUCCAAUGCCCCUUCACCUCGUUCCUCCCCAUUUAGUAGUAAGGACAGUGAAUACUCGCAAGAACAAGUGGCUACAAAUAGGCACCACAGUAAAGCAAACCAAAGGAUAGAGCAAAAACAAGACCAAAAAUUAGAGAGAAGAGGAGAUAGGACUUCAACAGAGCAGCAGUCAGAACAGCACACAGAUCAGGAAGUGGAACAGAGAGUAGAGUGUCGGCCAGUUACAAAGGAAUCUCCAGAGGCUGAAGCUGAGGUUGUGGAUGAAUCGGUGAUUAAAGAAGAAAUGGUAGAAGGGGAAAGUGAGGGCGAGUUGCCAGAAUCGGGGUUUGACUACAGGGCGCUAGUUUCUAAUCUUGGAGUUGAUGGCUGUGGGAUGACGAAAGAUCAUUCAAACCCUUUGUCUUCCCCUUACAAUCAUCCACCUGAUGACCAGUCUUUUGACUCCCAGGCAGGGCCUUCAGGAUUACAAGGGUGGGCGAACUUAGGGGAAAGUGGUGAAACCUCAAGCCAGGGUUACUGUGGAGACUUGAACCAGGAGUUAUCCAUGCAAGUUCAUCCAGGGCCACAACAUCAACAAGCACACCAUCUGGUGGGGCCGGAUAGUGACUGUCAGUGGAUGGGAAGGGGCAGACAACACGGACAAGCUGUCGGUCUCGCCAUGAUGAGUAAGAAGAAAGACGAAUUCAGGAGACUGCAUCAGUGCCCCUUCUGUACUUAUACAACUGUUUUUCUCAAUAAUAUGAGGAAGCACGUCAGGACGCACACUGGUGAAAAGCCAUAUGUGUGCGCGCUCUGUUCUUUUCGUUCUAACCAGAACAGCAGUCUGAAGAGGCACAUGUUAAACAUCCAUAAUAAAGGUGGGGCUGUUCAAGACCUCUUGAAAGAUUUGCAGCUAUAAGCAAAGUGCAGCUUACCUAUUUUUUAUUAUAUGAAGGACAGGUGUUCAAGGAUUCUAUUGAGAAAACAGAAAACAAAUAUACUUGAUACUUUUGAUCAAUGUUUGGUUAAGAUUAGACUUUGUGCUGUUCUUUGGUAUUAAGAUGAAUAUACUGUGGUGUACUGAUUUCAUUGUUAGACAGGUUACUAGUAUCCAUCAGUACAGUAAUGUGCUCAAAGAUGUAAUGCAGUGUGUCAUACAUGUUGAUGUAAGCUUUGUCUUGAGGUACUGUAUAUAAUAAAUGAGUAAUUGUGUUUGCAUGACUGUGUAUGCGAGUAUUUUAAUUGGGGAUUAUAGUGAUACCAAACAAUUCAUUAUUUGAUUAUGGUUUAUGGCUAUGCAUAUUAAAUACCAAACAUAUUACACUCGAGAUGUUACGUUUAGUAACAAGAACAUUUGACUGGUCAUAAGGAUCUGUUCAAAUCCAAGGCAAUUAAGUUAGAUUCAUCAGAUAUGCUCAACAGGAGGGUUAAAAUAUAUACUCGUGACACAUUGUAUGAGAAAGUAUUUACUUGAGCUUGGCUUAUAACAUGUUGAAGAGGAGGUUGGCAUCUGUCAUGUAUGUUGCAGAGUUAGUACCAGUUGGGUGUAAUGUCUGAACUUUAACAGUAAAUGUUUCGGGGAGAUUUAAACGUCAUUCUCAGGAUUGAUAUAUGUUUGACAAAUUGAAGUUGGUUUUCAAAGGUGCUGGUUAUGUGUCAGUACUGUAUUAAAGUAGGUACUCUUCUUCUUCAAGGGACUGGUUGUUUUAUUUCAUAUUAGACACGUACUAAGAGAAAAGGCUAAUGCCAAAUGUAAGCAGUACUUCAUGGCAAGGCCUGGAUAUAUGAACUGCAGGACCUAGUAAUUUUAAUUUAAUAAAGAUUUAUAUGAUUCAGAAAAAUAUUUUUGUAUUGCUGUACUUUAUUUAUAAAAUAUUUGUACAAAGGUCUCAUUAUUGCUCUAUUCGAUCCGCUGAAUUCCUCAUUAGUAUAUUAGCUUUACAAAAUUACGAAUAAUAAAUAGAUAAAAUGACAGUGGAAACCCAAUAAGUCUAAUGAACAGUGAUCAACCAAGAUGAUGUACAUUUUGACAAAGUUGCUUAAACAAUAAAACGAAUUGGUUACAUUUAAAAAUAUAGUUUUCUUCAUAGUGUGAAAUGAUUAGCGAGGAGAAAUGAACAAACAAAAGUUUAGCCACAGGCAAUUGUAUGGAAAUAGUAAUGGAAGCCUUCAUUGAUGUCCUGCAUGAAAACCUGUGAGAUAAAUAAGCCUUAAUUAUUGUUUUUAGAAUGGAACAUCAACUGCAAAUACAGGUAUUAUGUAUAGUAUGCCAGUUCUGUUUAUAUGUUAAUUUAUUUGUUAAGUUUUAAAAUUAAUAGUUUUAGUUUCAUAACUACUUAAACAUGGAUUGAAUAUUGCUGCCUGAAGGUUAAACUUUUGAAUGUUUGAACUCUUUGUGGCUUUGGCUUAAUGAUUUUGAAAUGUUAAAGUCUAGAUCACAUACAGUAGUUAAUGCUUUCUAUACACCAACAAAGCUAGUAUAUUAUAGUUUGUUAAAAUCUGUUGUUGUCUAUUAGUUAAGUCUUAGUUUUUAUAUUCUAACUUGAAUUAUCUUGACAGAUUCUUUCCAAAUUUUGUUGCGUAGACUGGUUGGUCUUAGUCAUCCAUGGAAAUACUGUACCACUGCUGGUCAGGUCAAAUGUGUACACCUUUGCUCUCUCUGAGGGACCCUACCGUGUCAUUUGUGGGUUUGUUGGAUAUUUGGGUAUCCUACUGUGUCAUCUGGGGGGGGGUGUUUCCUGGCUCUAUGAGUACCUUACCGUGUCAUUUGGGGCUUUACUCUCUUUUUGGGUAUCUUAAUGCAUCAUCUGUGUGGGUUUGCCGACUCUUUGGGAAUCCUACUGUCAUCUGUGGGUUUGGUGAAUGUUUGGGUACCUACUGUGCCAUCUGGAGGUUUGCUGGUUAUUUGGGUACAUAUUGUGUCAUCUAGGGGAGAUUUGCUGGUUAUUUGGGUAACUACUGUGUCAUCUUGGGGUAUACUGGAUAUUUGGGGACCUACUGUGCCAUCUGGAGGUUUGGAAAAGUUUCUUCAACUAACAUUGUACUUCUUUCUUUGUCUUAUUUUCUAAAAGUAUUAUUUUUUGUCUUUUUUUCCUUUGUUUUGUCACAUCGUUACUUACGCAUUCCUCAUUCUUUUCACCCUUUGGAUUUAUAAUGUAUACAAAGGAUAACUAUUGUCAUCCACACUUCUGUGGAAGUAAACAUUUGAUAGAGAUUCGGCUUCUCACACGUGGGGUCCACGACUCGAGACCCAUACAGCCCAGGUGAAUGGAAAAGAUAACUACAUUUGAUGUCUUGUAUAAAUCAAUAAGUCUUUUGUCAAGAAUAUAUUUACUUUUUUUAUUAUUAUUUAUUUUUAUUUAUUUUAGCCACUAUUAAUAUACAGUAACUUUUUGUUUUUAAGCAUUAACUAAAGAACACACAUGUGCAUACAGUAUAUUGAUACAUAUAAUUGCACAAAAAAGGUUAAGUUUUAAUAUAGGUUAAUUUUUAAUAUAGAAAUGAAAGUAUUGAAUAUUUUUCUUUGUCACCAAAAAUCUAGAAUUUGUCCUCGCUAAUCCUCAUGGGUGUCGGUUAUAGUAAUACUGAACCAAUUCACUGUACAGUAUACCAGAUUUGUAUUAUUGUGUUUAUGCAACUUUAAUAAAAUAAUAAUAAUAAUAACAGUACUAUUAUUAUUAUUACUAUUACAGUAUCUUUAUAAAUGCUUCAAAAGCUCAUUAAAACAGGUAAAAGAGGUGAAUGUACCAAAAAGAGCUGGGAGGGUUUUGCGUGAUGCCACUUUUUAAGAAUGGGUAAUUCCUAUAGGAAAGAAUCACAAAAUACUGUACUGAAAGUACAGUAUUUUGUACUUACAGUACAGUAAUACCAGUACAGUAUUGUGCCAUAUUACAGUUGGAUUUAGAAUUUGGGUCAUUUAGCUAAAAGUCAAAGUCACAUCUAUAAAUAGGAAAUUGGCAUGUGCUAAUUAAUUUUAAAAUACUACAGUAUUUUAAAGUAACUUAUCAGCUCAUGGUUUGCAAAACUGGUUGUUUUGUUAGAUGUAAUGCAGUACAUCAGAGUUCAGAUUGUUUUGCAUACUCCUUAGAGGAGUGAUUUCAUUAUUAUACAUCUGAAUCUUGAACAAUUACAUGUAAAUGUUUAAAAGUAAACACUGAAAUUGAGACUCCCAUUAUUCAUUUUGUUUCUAGCUCAAAUAUAACUAAGAUAUUUCGAAAUAUAUAAAAAAGGUAAAAUAUUUGAUUUGAUGGUGUGCACUUGUGGAGUAAGAUAAUGAUUUAAAUAAAAAAUUUUUUAUUGUAACAUACCUCCAUCCCUCUUACACCUUCCCUUGCUCAUUCAAAGUGGAUUAAUAACAAAUGCAUCAAAUCUAAGUGUGGUGUCCUUCCCAUUAGUUUCUUCUUGUAUAUUAUAAAUUUAAUAAGACUGUAGUCUUUAUUCUUUUUACUUUUUAAUACUUUUUAGUUUACUUUAUUCAUUCAUGCAUGCAUUCAUUAUCAUUGCCCUAUUUUCAAUGUUCAUGGGAUGUGGAGGCAUCAACCCUGAGAAGAGAAAGUAAAUAAUAUAGUGAAAGAAUUUUGUGCAUAUUAAAAAUAAUAUAAUUUAAUUCAUUGCAUCAUAAUACACUUUAUGGCAUCACAAACAAGCAUUACCACACUAGCAGUCAUCCAUAGCAACACUCUGUAACUUCAUCAAACCAGGUCAUUUUUUUGUUGUCCUUUGUGGCUGCAAAAUAGUUGUUUACUUCUGUCCUAGUCUCCAUAGCAGGGUUCGGUCAUUCCACGUCCAGUUGCAGUACCUGUAGUUGCCUUUCAUGUUGUCCUAUGGGACCUGCACCAUAGAUAACCUGGCAUAGGUUAACCAUUUUUAUGCAGUGCAGGUUGUCUUACCCAUGAAGUUCUGGAUGGUUUUUGUCCAUUUCCAAGGUUUUCCUGGUUCUUUAUUCCUACAAGUUGUGAUCUUGGGCUUCCUUGUGACUUUGUAUACGCUGGCUAGCCAUUUUGAUUCUCUCCACGAGUCCACUUGGUCAUUUUUCUCUUUGUUUGUUUUCCCGUUUUCUCUCCUCUCCUCGGAGGUUGCAGUUUUGGGUGUUUGUGGGUGUGUAUAUUCAGCUGCUUUGCAAUAUGUUCCAGCUAUGAUUGGCAGCUUUUAUUCCAUUUUUGGGGUAUUUGGUGCCCAUGUUUCUCGGGCUCCUGGUUUGAUUUCUAGGACAUGGGAGCCCAGGUGUAUGUGUGUGUACUCUGCAUUACUUGCCAUGGGGACAUUUUCAGUGAUCGGUGUGGUUUGUUCUGACAGCCUUUCAUAGUAUGCCAUCAUGGUGCCAGCUAUGGACCUUCCAGGUUACCUUGUCCCUAGUUCUGCAUGCAGUUUUGAGCAUCCUUUUGCUCAUUUCCCUGAUCUCCUGAAUACCAAUUGGCAGUUCUGCUAUUCAGGUUUUCCCUGGACCCAAAGUCUUUCCCAGAUUGACUUGUGUGUGGUCCUCAAGCAUACUGUAUAUGUCUUCAGGGAAUCUACAUUCUUAUCUCUCUACCUCAACGACUAGUUACUUUGGGUCCUCCAGUCCUCCAAUUUGUCUGAUAGCCAGGGUUUGGCUCUUUUCCAGUUGGCUACUCUUGAUUUGUUAUUAAGUGGAGUACAUUUCAGUGCCUUUCCAGGCCUUAGCUGACCUGGGCAUAGUCUAGGAUACCAUUCCAGCCUCCUGUUUUGCUUCCUCAGUUGGCCCUAUUAUAGCUGUGCCUCUGAACUCAAACUGAUGUCUGGGUGGUCUCGAGCUUUCCUGUCAGGAUCUCCUGCACCUUUUGGGCAACAUUUCUUUCACCCUCAUGAUGAUCCUGCUGGACUGAGGCUGGCUGAAGGCACUGUCCACUUUGGUCACUGUCGGAGCAGUGUUGUGCAUGUUUUCUUAGUUGAGUUAGCUCUCAGUUGGGGCUUUGUCUGUAGCUCUCCCAGCAAGGGUCAGCAUCAAUGGCCUCCUUGGCUUUGUCUACUCUUUAACCCCUGCAGUGUGCACCGGUUUUUGGCGAAAACUUCAUGCAAUUGUUACGGACAUAUUUUUGUUGUUUUUAUAAAUGUUCAGGUAAAUUUAAUGUUAACAUGUUUCCAAACUCAACCAUUUUAAUUUUAAAACACAGUGACGAAAACAUUAAGAAACAUUAAAAUAUAGCCUAAUUAAAAAAAUAGGACAACUCUCGGAACAAGAUUUCUUGACUGGCACAGCACAGUAAUUAAGGUGUGGAUUUUGUGAUGAUCUUGAGGGCACUUCAAUGAGUCUGUCUCCUGUAGGGCUUAUCCCUAAACCACCCCUAUCCCCCUGAGAAAUAGGGGUGGUUACAUUUGUUUCCUUUCCCUAUGAGCUGGUCUCUGGGUGGCCUUGCUUCUGGCUUCUUGGGUUUUGGGCAUCAGUGAUGCUCCCUUUUAGGGCAUGCUGACCAUUCUUAUGGUUUCUCUCUCAUUUCCAUAUGUUUUGGCAGAGGGCAGUGGUUGGAUCCUCUUCCUCCUGGAUUAGUGGACUGUUCAGCUGUCCAAUUGAGAGUGGUUUGCCUCUGUAUGGUCCGAUGGGUUUCCAAUCAAUGGGAGACCAUUUCCAGAUUAUAGAGUGGUGCAGAAAUUGCAUUUCACUUGACUUGGGGAAAAUGGCCUUAUCUUUCCUAGUCAAGCUGCUGCUUUCCAGUCUUUUGUAGGCUACUUUUAUGGGCAGGUUCCACCGUAUGUUUCCCGGCCCAUCUCACCCAGCCUCUUGUGAUUCAUGGCGCUCUACCUGUCCGUGUGUGUAUGUGGGUUUUCUUCGCUUUGUGUCCCAUCUCCUAUGUAGGAGUUGGGUGUUGGAUUCUUGGUGCUAUGUUGACUUUUUGGCUGUCUAGGGCAUUCUUUGGUCUUUGAGUGUGUCCAUUAUGAGAUCUAUUCUGUGGCUGUGGUAUUGUAUUUAGCAUGCUGUUGGAGUUGGGGCUCUUGUUUUUCACAUCCCGUACUCAAAUGUCUGUCUUUCCCAGAUCCUCUGCAUUGUGGUUUGGUCCAGCCAGCCAGCUGCUUGUUCCUUGUCUAAGGAUAUAAUUCAAAAUUUAAUACAUUGUGUCAUAGGGACAGGGCGCCAGUUUAUACAUACAGUACAUGUACUUAAAUCAAGGUCCUUCCCCUCCCAGGGUUGGAUUACUGACCCUCCCAAGAGUGCAACCCCACAACAAGCUGACUAACUCAUGGUACCUAUUUACUGCUAGGUGGACAUUAGGUGAUAGGAAAUACACUGAUCCAUUUGUCCCAUCCAGGAUUCGAACCUGAAAUUCUCGAUUGUGAGUCGAGAACGAACCCGACUGUACUGUACUACCAGGACCCUUGAAUGCAGAUGUUUCCUACUUUACUAGCUUUCUUGCCAUUUUGUCUUCAGCUGCUAUUUGGACUCUGCUUCUGGUGGUCCUUUUGCUGCUCUUUAGUUUUACUAUGCCUCAACCUGUCCUCCUACAAAGAACAUCGCUUUUUGCUCGUAUGCUUUAAAUAAGGCCAAAAAUUGAUGUACUAGAAAAUGGAAAUGGCUCGCGAAAGUGAUGUACUGUCCCGUUUUCUGCUAUGGGUCCUCUGGUAGAUUAGGAGAGGACACUUUAAAUUGAUCGUUUUCUUGACAUUGGGAAACCUUAGGAAGAUGAGCUGCUAUGCCUGGGUGUUUAUUGUGCAGCUGCCAUUCUUUGUCCCUGGCACUCGCCUUCUGCCAUUUUUUUUCUACGGAUAAGCCCAGUCUGCCAUGUUUGGUGUUCAGGAAAGCUGGUCUCCUCUCUCAAUGCACUAUUAUGAGUAAGCUCAGGGAGUUACCGAGAGGUCCUUACCAGAAGUCAAGCUGUUUACGUAAUGAAAUGCCAUAGAAUGGUUCGACCCCCUAAGUAGUUUCCUGCUCUGUUCCUUUUUUCCAGUGGGGUUGUUGAGUUUUGUAUGGGUAGUUCCCUUAUAAGGGGCAGGCUGGCUGUAACCAUAGGUUAUGGUAUUUAAUCUGUCAAAAUGAUCCAAAAUUUGGGGUUUACCAUAGAAGUUUUUCCUAUGGUAUCCUAAUUUUCUUCAAGCAGUUGUUUUUGUUGCACUUACGUGGUUUGGUGAAUUUUUCCUAGUUGGUUGAUUUUUUAUUUGCUCCCGUUGCCUGUACAGCUAGAUCCUGUUUCUGGCUCCUGUUGCCUGUGCAGCUAGAUCCUGUUUCUGGCUCCUGUUGCCUGUGCAGCUAGAUUGUUUCUGAUUCCUGUUGCCUGUGUAGCUAGAUUCUGUUUCUGGCUCCUGUUGCAUGUGCAGCUAGAUUGUUUCUGAUUCCUGUUGCCUGUGUAGCUAGAUUCUGUUUCUGGCUCCUGUUGCCUAUGCAGCUAGAUUGUUUGAUUCCUGUUGCCUGUGCAGCUAGAUUCUGUUUCUGGCUCCUGUUGCCUGUGCAGCUAGAUUCUGUUUCUGGCUCCCGGUAUGCAUUGGACGCGUCUCAGAGGCCUGGUGUGAUGGGCUACAGUUUGACGGUAACAGAAUCUUCACCAAGCUACUGGAGGGGGGCCAGCAGAAUAGGGCAUUUCAUUACACUUUAAUGCUUGACAACAGUACUCUACAUAGUAUCAUUAUUGUUUUUUCUUACAAAUUUGAUUUGGGUCAGGUGCAUCCUAUUUUUCUUGAAUAUAGUACUGUAUAUUUUAUGUAGUUGAAAAGUUUUUAGAAAGGCAUCCCCAUGUAAAAUUCGUCUUCUAUCGUAUCUUAAAUAAAGGAAAAGUACUGUAUAUUGUAAAUUGUAUAUAACAAUACAGAACUAAGAACUAUUACUAUAGAGUUAAUAGUUUUUACUAUGUGCAUCUUAAGUUCAGGUCAUUGAAAUUUGUAUAGUAUCAUAAAUGAUCUGUAAUCAUUCCGUAACUCUUAUCAUGUAGAUUUCUUAAGUGCUCUACUUUGUUACUGUAUUUAUAGAUUAGAAGUUCUUCAGAAAUAAAAAUAUUUGGGAGGGAUCAUUCUAGCAUCAUCCAGGUUUGAACAAAGGGAUAAUUUUGGUGUUAUGACACAGAGCCUGGCUUUCAUAAUGACUGAUUGUUGCUGCUGGAGAUGACUAGUUUAUCACACCCCCAUACUCAUCCUGUGUCAUUAUGACUGUUGCUACUGGAGGUGGCUAGUUUAUCGCACACCCCCAUACUCAUCCUGUGUCAUUAUGACUGAUUGUUGCUACUGGAGGUGGCUAGUUUAUCGCACACCCCCAUACUCAUCCUGUGUCAUUAUGACUGAUUGUCGCUGCUGGAGGUGGCUAGUUUAUCGCACACCCCCAUACUCAUCCUGUGUCAUUAUGACUGAUUGUCGCUGCUGGAGGUGGCUAGUUUAUCGCACACCCCCAUAUCAUCCUGUGUCAUUAUGCAGUUGACAAAAUCCUAUUUCUUCCAUUUAUUUCAUCUGGUGAAAAAAUAGAUUAGAUUUUUAAAUACAUGAGUAUGUAUCUUAGAAGCUCCUUCAAUGCCAGGCAUUCUGAUAUAAUUGCAAAUAAGGGUUAUUUUAUAUUUCAGAUUUUGAAUCAGUUGUAUUUAUCAGUGUAGUUGAUGUAAAUUGAUCAUUGCAAUUUUUUAUGAAAUUACAGCAUAUAAGUAAAGAGUCGUGUGUCCCUUUUCACACUUGACAGUAUUUCAGAUUGGUAGGCUGUCUUGUGAAGGUAUCCAGAGAAACUGUUUUUGUGUAGUCAACAUAUGAGUGGAUUUUUUUUUUAAAUGCGCUGUUUAUUCAAGUCUUCUCCAAGAAUAUAUUAAACAUUUAAUUAUUUUAUAAAAAAAAUACUUUAAAGCACUUUCAAUAUUCUGUAAAUUUAUUACCAUUCAAAUUAAAUUUUGUUUAUUUUUGGAACGUGUAAAAAAUGCUUCGUUGAGACUGUACUACUCUGAAGCUCCUGUAUCUUUAUUUACCAUAACUUAAAUUGGCCUUAAUAAUAAUUAAUUAUUAUUAUUAUUAUUAUAGUAACAGUAUUUGAAUUGUUUCCGGUUGUGCUCAUCAUCAUUCACAAGACCAGAAACUUUAAACAUGAACAAAGAAUUGGAAAAUCAUAACUAUAUACCUGUAUAUACUGAAUUGUAUACUAUAUUGUAGGUUUUCAACCCUAAAAAAAACAAGACAAUGUCAUCUAGCAACAAACCUGGGUGUUAGACACACAAGGAAUGAGGUAAAACUUAGCUUCACAAAAUUGAACUCAUUUCACUUGUGUUGAGGGUAUUAUGAACCAGAAACCAUAAUGUUGCUAUACGAGGAAAUGACAUUUAUAGUAAUCUGCAGUGAUUCUGGGAUUAGUUCUACAUAAAAAUUCCCAAUUGUGUAUAGGAGAAAAAUACUGAUGCAAAAGUUUGACAUGUUUUGUCUGAUCUCGAGUGAUUUGACAUCAGUACAGUAAAAAAAAAAGGUUACUUUCAACUGGAUGUUUAUUUUUUAAAGCAUGUAUUUUGUUUUUUUCUCACUUUUAUUAAAUUUCUAAUAAGCGUUUACUCUGUUCAUAUAUAUAUACCAUGAAAAUAAAAUUUUGUUUAGAUAGUACAAAGUUCUUUAAAAGAUAUGGAUACAAAAGAUAAAUACAAGAAUUACUUUUGAAUCAUUAUAUAAAAUUAAUAAUGGCUUGAGUAACUCAAUAUCAGGCCAUAUACAGUAUUUAGCAAAUUAAUAGAAUGUCUGCAAAUAAGUAUACUUAUCAAGAAAUUUUAUUAAUUUUAUUUACAGAGUGCAACCAAAAGUUAAUUAUCUCCUUUUUUUUUUUUUUGCACUACAUUUUGAUGUGUGCUGUUUUCUCUUCAACCUGUGUUUUCUUUCAGUAUUAUGCUGUAUAUCAAAUAAAAAGGAAUACUCUUCUCUGAUUUCCAUUAAUC